CGAGCUCUGGAAGUCCCUAAUGGCGGACAAAACCCUAACGGACUACGAGCGCCGCCGCAUCGACAACAUCCGGCGCAAUGGCGAGAUGAUGGCGUCCCUCAUGCUCCACCAGAAGGCUUCAUCCCUCCUCUAUUCCCGCCGCUCUCCUUCCCCCAAACCUCAAUCGAAGAAACCCAAACUCUCAUCGUCCCCCGUCGCCAUCCGCCGUUCCCUCCGAACACAAGGCCUUCCGCCCUCGUCCUCCACCCCGCCAUCCGAUGACUCCCCUUCAUCACCUUCUUCGUCUGAUCAGCCGCCGUCCACCCCUCCUUGGAAGCAGGGGCCUUUGCGGAUCUCCGAUGCCCUAGUUGGCGAUUCACCGCUCUCUGAUCGCGAUCUCAUGGACGUGAUCAAGUCGGGGUCUGUGGCUUCCGAAGUAGAUGAUUUGGGAUUCGAUCCGAUGGUGGAGAUGUGUUUGAAGCCGGAGAAUGUGGCUAGGGUUUUGCCGGAGAGGAUUUUGAGUGUGAGGUUCUUGCCGUUUGGUGAUCAGGUGGUGGUCACUGUCGGUGAUAAGGCUGGGAAUGUUGGGUUUUGGGAUGUGGGCAAGGGCCGUGAUGGUGUUUAUGUUUACAAGCCGCAUGCGAGUCCAGUUUCUGGAAUCUCUGUUCAUCCCUUUGCUGCAACAAAGAUCUUCACCAGCAGCUAUGAUGGAUUUAUUCGAUUGAUGGAUGUUGAAGAAGAGACCUUUAAUAUGAUCUAUGCAAGUGAUUUUGAAAUCUUCUCUAUUUCUCAAGUACCAAAUGAUCAUAAUAGUUUAUAUUGCGGGGAGGGAACAGGCAUUCUCAAAGCUUGGGAUGAGAGAGCUGGAAAAGUUUCAGGCUCUUGGGAAUUGCAUGAAGAUCGGAUCAAUACAAUAGAUUUUAAUCCUCAAAACACAAAUUCGAUUGCUACAAGCUCAACAGACAGAACAGCCUGCAUAUGGGACGUGAGAAGCAUAAAUAAGGACAGCCCAGAAAGUUUAAAGAAAGUUCAACAUCUUAGAGCAGUUCAUUCUGCAUUCUUCUCACCCAGUGGAAGCUGUCUUGCAACAACAAGCAUUGACGAUAAAGUCAUAAUUCUAAGUGGCAGUGAUUUUGAUGAUCUGUCCAUGAUUUUACACAACAAUCAGACUGGCAGAUGGUUAUCAUCCUUCAGAGCUAUAUGGGGAUGGGAUGACUCAUUUUUAUUUAUCGGGAACAUGAGACGGGCAGUCGAUGUGAUCUCUACAUCUAAUAAGACUACUAUUUCUCUGGAAAGUGAGCAUAUGACUUCGAUCCCUUGUCGUUUCUCCGCACACCCAUGUCUAAAGGGGACAAUGGCUUGUGCCACUGCUGGAGGUAAGGUGAAUAUAUGGACAAAAAUUUCAAGAUAAAACUUAUCCAAUUGUACAAGUAAAGCAUGCAGAAACAGUAUUUUUGCACAUCCUAAGCAAUUUCGCAGAUUAGUUGCAUAGUAACUGCAUUUUGUCUAUGUCCUAGGGUUUGCAUUUCAGAUGUGCAAUGUAUGUUCUUUGUAGCUGUUUAGAGUUGAGUUCUCCCUGUGUACCAUGCCAAACAAAUUAGGAUUAUUUGAAAUGGAGAGGUAAUUCUAGGAAAAAAAUUCAUUUUGACUUUUAUCUUAAAAGUCAAAAUGAGGUGAGUUUUGUUCAUUUUGGCUCUUAAAGUUGAAAUGAAACUUGACAUUCUAGACAAUAUGUCACAGGGAACAAUAUAAUA